GUUCCUCUUCAAGACACAAUACCGAAACAAUGCCUUCUCUCCGCACCGAAUACCUUCGCUCCUCCGAGAAGGGUCUCUCCAGCAUCUCCACUCUCAUCAUUGGCUCUAAACACGCCAUUUUAAUCGACCCGCCCUUCCUACUCCCUGAUGCGCAGUCCCUUGUUUCCUGGAUCAAAACCACGACUGCAAACCCCCUCGUCGCAAUCUUCAGCACUCAUCAUCACCCCGACCACUAUUUCUCUGUGGACGCAGUCUUAGCCGCUUUCCCGUCUGCAAAAUUCUACGCCGCGCCUUACGUCUGUGCAGGCAUUGAGCGCGAGUAUGAAGACAAGACAAAGUACUGGUCCUCGGUAAUGCCGGCCGAGCUCGUUGCCCCAAGGCCGCGCAAACCCGAGCCGUACACGUUCAGCUUCUUCAUGCUGGAUGGGAGCAUCGUGACGCUGCUGGGACCGGUGCAGGGCGACAGCGUUGAUCAUACGAUGUUCUGGCUGCCGGCGGAGCGGGUGCUGAUCACGGGUGAUGUGAUGUAUGCAAGGAGUACGCAUUUGUGGGCGGAGGAAAUCGAGACGCCUGAGAUCUACGAGGCGUGGUUGCGAACGCUGGAUCUGAUUGAAGCGCUGAAGCCUGAGAGGAUUGUUCCCGGACAUGUGGAGGAGGGCUGGGAGUUGGAUGCGGAGAAAGAUCUUGAGCAUAACCGAAAGUACCUAAAGCUUUUCCAGGAGAGAAUCACGCUGGCGGAGAGGAAGCUUAGUGUCAAGGAGGUUUAUGACACUUUUAAGAAUGCAUUCCCGGAGGCGGAUCGGAAUCUCGACUUCUUCCUCGGGCGUCUGUCGAAUCAAUUUGGCGAGGGCGGAGAUGUUUGGGAGGAGAAUAGGCAUCAUAAUCUAGGAGAGAGGACGAGGGAGCAGUUGCAGGGUUAUGUGAUUCCGUUGCCGAAGAGGGAGAAGUAAGAGUGGGCUUGGGCUUUGUCUGGUAAGUACGCUUUGUACUUAUAUAGGUAUGCAGGGAAACACUUGUUUAGUUUGCUUGGCAUGUUCUUCGUAUAGGUUGAGAUCGGGAAAGUGUUUUGGGCGGUUUUCGUGGAAGUCAGAUAAGCAAGAAGACAGUUAAUAAAGCAUUGGCUUUAUAGGUCGCGUAUUUCAAAGUUCGGAACAAUUUAAGAAACGUAUAGCUCGUUUAUACCUACGAG